GUCGAAAGCAAAACUUCGGCAACUCUGCGGUGCUCGGCUUGUGCAAAAUUUGUAAAAAUGAGUCUUUUCCUUCGAUCCAUUGCUAGAAACGGCGUCGCGACACAAUGGAUGCGGGCUUCGCUCUCGACGUCAUCGAUUGUUUACAAGGAUCCCAAGACGCAGAAGGAGGCACCGAUGCUGGAUGCGAGCGUUAUACUAGCCAACGAAGAGGAGCGUCACCGUGACCACCUGCCCACGAUUACCGUCCCGGUGAAGGUUGAUAUUAGCCCCAUCACCGGUGUUCCGGAGGAACACGUCAAGGAACGGCGUGUGCGUAUCUUUAUGCCGGCUAAAAAUGCAAUGCAAAGUGGAACCGACAACAUCCACCACUGGAGCAUCGAGUUCGACAACCGCGAGCGCUGGGAAAACCCGCUAAUGGGUUGGGCCUCCACCGGAGAUCCACUGUCUAACAUGCGCGUGGAAUUUUCCUCCGCCGAUGAAGCGAUCGCACACUGCGAGAAAAACGGAUGGAGGUGGUUCGUUGACAAGGCGGAAGUUACGAAGAAGCAGCGCGUGAAGAACUACGGAAUCAAUUUUUCGUGGAACAAGCGUACUCGCGUAUCUACCAAGUAGAACAUUCGUUCCGGUUCGGUUUGGUCGUCCUGAAGAUUAAGCGUGUCCCGUUAAAUAUGGAAUAAAAUGGGUGCGAUCGCUACCACGCUGUUAGCUCGUUGUAAAUAAGACACUAAAGCUAUUGUUUGAAACUAAGCCGUGCAUCUUGGUUUGCGGCCAUCGGCCUUUCGGUGAUCGAUAAAAAUCAGUACCAAAUCUAAAUUCAGCA